GGGUGCCGCUGCAGGUGAUGCAGAACUGGCGCGCGCGCUUCCAGGAACAGCUGAUGAGUUUCCAUCUGCAGCCUUUCUAGAGCACUUUACGUUGACAGGUGCGUGUGCGCGUGUACGUGCAGGCUUUUAUCAAAGGCACUUCCUGUUGUUCAUUUGCAGCACACCCCCCACCUCCGCGCUGACGCGGCUCCGCCCUCCCCUCGGGGCGGGGUUGCCUUCUGUACUAAAGCAUCCUAAGGACGUCCAGAACCGGACUCCGGACCACUAGCGGCUGAAGGUCAGACCCGAUACCGGAAAGGAACCAGAAGGUUGGAUCAAAUGGUUGGCGGUGUGUCGGAGCGGAUCCAGAGGGAUCGGGAACGGGCCGGGGGCUUGGUCCACCAGGCCUCUUGCUACCUAAACCAGGACUUUCAGGGUCUGAAGGCAGUGUGUCUGCAAAACCGCCGCCUUUUUGAAGACCCCCUUUUUCCUGCAGAACCAGCGUCUCUGGGGUUUAAAGAACUCGGACCUUUGUCUGCUAAGGCAAAAGGAGUGGAAUGGAAGAGACCCACGGAGCUGGCAGCAGACCCUCGUUUCAUUGUGGGCGGGGCCACCAGGACAGACAUCUGUCAAGGAGCACUGGACAAAGAUCUGCAGACUGAUGGCUUCAGCUUGGAGUCCUGCAGAGCUAUGGUCAGCCUCAUGGAUAAAGAUGGGAGUGCUCGGCUUGGCUUGCUGGAGUUUCAAAUCCUCUGGAACCACAUCAGAAAGUGGCUGGGAAUUUUCAGGGAGUUUGACCUGGAUAAGUCUGGCUGCAUGAACUCCUAUGAAAUGCGCUUGGCUCUGGAAAACGGCGGGUUUAAACUAAAUAACAAGUUGUACCAGAUGCUGGUCGCUCGAUAUGCUGACAAUGAGACCAUCGACUUUGACAACUUCAUCUGCUGCCUGGUUAAACUGGUGGCCAUGUUUAAGACCUUCCAGGGACUGGACCGAGACGGGACAGGAACCGUGGAGCUGAACAUGCUGCAGUGGCUCUUUGUGACCAUGUGUGGCUAAAACACCAGAGCGCCCCCAUCAGGAGGAGAGGCGGAGCCAGCUGCGCUUUCAGCAUGACAACCUGUAACCCCAUCCCCCUAACUUGCAUGUCUUCCAUCAGCUCCAGGCUCACCUGUGCAGGUGUCCAUGAGCGGCCCAAGCUGUGAAAAGAGCAGAAAAAGGUAGAACCUCGGAAAGUUCUGGUUCUGACAUCCUUGUUCAGAUGCAAACUCCUACUAGACACCGCCCCCCUAAAUGUGCAUUAAGACUUGAAUGGCAGUUAUUCUGCAGACUGAACAACAGCCCCCCCUGCAGGAGGGGGCAGCAUCUGCAGCCGAAGGCCGUUUUUUCAACAAAAUGUAAAACAAAGUAAAAGAAACGUUUGGGUCGGUUCUAAACUAAAGGAACAAUAAUCCAGACGUGUCUGCUCUGUGGGACAAUUUUAACUUCAAUCACCUUCAGCUGCUUGGAUUUGAGGGACAAUCCCAAAGAAAAGCAUGCUGGGAGUUAGCAAACCUCCGUCUAUGCUCCACCUUCUACAGGUGUUCUCCGGCCAAACGGGCGGAGCCAAACUGAAACUACCUUCUUAUUAACCUGUUGUUCUGGAGGAACCAGACUAACGACCCCCCCUCCUGGAGUCAGGAUUCUGUUGGUGCUCCAGGAGCAUCCGGACUCCAGAGGAGGCAGACCCACCAGAACCAGAGGUUCUGAGAGAAACUCAAGAACCGUCACCAAUCUGCAGGAAAGAACCCUGAAAUGAGUGCCUCAGAACUUGUCUUAUGGUUACGGUUCUUAAAUCAGAACAUUUUCUGGAGAUGAACAGGAAACGUCAUUUCACGACUUCACCCCCCCCCCCCCCAAAAAAAAA